CUAUUUGGCGGUACAGUGAAGGAUUUUUCUUCUAAGGGUAGAAGCAAUUUCCGAUCGGAGAUAAAUAUUCUUCUCUGCGGUGACCCUGGGACCUCAAAGUCUCAACUACUUACAUACGUUCAUAAACUUGCUCCACGUGGUCAAUAUACUUCUGGCAAAGGUAGUUCAGCUGUCGGUCUUACAGCGUUCGUGACAAAAGAUCCAGAGACGCGGCAACUUACUCUGCAGACCGGUGCCCUUGUGCUUGCCGACAAUGGAAUCUGCUGUAUUGAUGAGUUUGACAAGAUGAGCGACUCCACUCGUUCUGUCCUACAUGAGGUUAUGGAACAACAGACGUUGAGCAUAGCCAAGGCUGGUAUCCUUUGUCAGCUAAAUGCACGCACCAGCAUAUUAGCUGCCGCAAACCCAGUUGGUUCGAAAUGGGAUGCUAAUAAGACGAUCAUAGAAAACAUUCAGGUAAACGAAUCCUAA